UCCGUCGAAAUGUCGAGAUUUAGGAUUUCACGUGUGAUCGAGUGCGAAAUGUAGGACAUGCGCUUGACUCAGCCCGGCAACGAUUUAGAAUUGGAAAGUUCAUUUAAUCAUUUACGGUUCAUUUUAACAAAUUAUCAGAAUCGGGAAGAAUUAUCAUGAUAUAUCAAUGUGGUGUUUGUCUGAAACAUGAGUCAGUCGGUCUAGUAAGCCUCACAGGACAAGAAAGAGUUCUAGCACUUAAAUUACUAGAAAACGAUAGAAGAUACCUAUGUAAUACAGCUAAUAUUUUAGUAGUAUUUAUAGCAAGUGCGCGAUUUUUUAAAAAAUAUUCAAAAAUUUUUGAUCUAAUAGGAAAGUGUUUGUGUUCUUGUGGUUUUAACUCAAGGUUUCAAGUGCUGCCGAAUAUUGUGGAUUAUCAACAUCUAACAAGUUUGUAUCCAUUGUACUGAUGCUCGCAGCACCAAUAGAAGCUUACCAACAGUGUUACCCAAAAAUACAACACCCUCAGUACUUUUUAUUAUACGAAAUAGCCAACAACGAGGACUACCCUUCAACCAUGCAUUACCCAGGUUUUCCACCGUUGUCUAGAGAACAGCAAUACGAAGACGAACCAUUCAAAGGUGAACCAUUCAAAGGCGAACCAUUCAGAGAAGAACCAUUCAAAGACGAUCCAUUUAACCCUUCAAACUUAGACUAUGCGACGACUUUCCCACCUGUUACAGUUGAAGAACAGUUUCAAAAGCAAUAUUACGAAUUUCCCUGGCAGACUCAACCCAUGCAUUCGGUUGUUCCUCAGCCUUUACCAGAAAUACCUCAACCUUUGGAUCCUUGCAUAGAACCCUGUACGGAUGACUAUAAUUGCAAGUGUGACAGCUGUCAAAAUAAAUAUGGAAGUCUGCCGAUACUGCUACAAGGUAUCGAACAAAAAGCCUUUGGAGAAAAAUCCGAACCAGAGCCAUCAACAUCUAGUCAUUCUCACACUCCCAGGCGAAUCCUAACCUGCGAAUACUGCAAGAAGACGUUCACACACAAAGGAGACUUCAAGAAGCAUCUGAGAAAGCACACCAAAGAAAAGCCCUAUUCGUGUCGGUACUGCAAUAAGUGUUUCGGCAACACCUCGAACCUCCUCAGACAUCAAAAACUGCACACGGGAGAAAAGCCUUUUGCGUGUGAACAUUGUGAUAAGAGAUUUAGCAGAAAAGAUAAGUUGGAUUGCCAUAGGAGGAGCAGGACUUGCCAGGAAGCUAGUACUUCCAGAAGUUAUCUGGAAUAGCUCGAGAUCUAUCCUUUUUUUUGUGAGAUUUUUAUAUAGUUUUUUAUCGUACUUUUAGGUUAAGAAUGCAAUGACUUCGAAUAGUGAUAUGUCAUUUGUAAUUAAAGAUCUGUAAUCACCGUCCUUAGUAAUAAUUUAAAUAUUUUAAAUACAUAUUUUUCUGGAAUUCGACAAGUUAUUUGAUAUAAUACUCUAUGAGGUAAACUCAUAUUUGUAGCCAUUAUUUCUCAAAAAAAGUACCCUUCGAAGGCCCUUAUUUCACCAUGAAGAAUAUGUCUAGUAGCGCUCCUCUGGACUUAGUCGUUCGAAUCCUCUUUUUUUUAACGAAGACGUUACACUGUCGGUUCAGUAUUACCAAGUCUAUCUGCCGUCCAAUUCCUGGUUGUACCAACAAAUCUUAAGCUCCAGCUUAGCCGCUAAACUUAGCUAUCAGCUUAUAGAUAGGACCGCUUAAGUCUUACUUACGUUACACCAUAAUUUUCGAUUAUUUUCUAAGCACGUCUUAACUGAGACGAAGUUUAAGAUGCAAUCCACAUGGCAAUCUGAAAAGUAAUCUAAGACUCAAUAGUGCAACGUGUAUGUUUCGUAAGCUGAGCUUAAGGCACGCCUUAAGCUAAAAAUCUGUUGGUACAACCAGGCAUAAACGGUAUAUGAGGCAUAGCUGAUAAAUCCUUAAAGACGUACAGCUAGCUGAUUCUGCUUUGUUUCUUAAACAAUCGCAAAAAGUGAAAAGGGAACAUCCAUAAAUUACGUCGUAAAAAUUUUGGAGUUUUUAUUACCCUUCCCCCUUCCGUCGUAAAGCGUCGUUUACAGUUGACCCCCCCUCAUACCGACGUCGCAAUUGCAAUUCAUGACCCCCCCCCUUUUUAGAGAUUUUUUUUUAAAUUCAAUGUUAUUUCUGGAUUUUUUAAAGUUAGCUCUUCAAGUUUAUUUACGAAUGUAUCCAAAUCAGUAUUACUAUGUAGCUCAUUAAUAUCCGCCUACUUUUUUCUCUCAAUUCACUGUACAACUAAUAAUUAGCUUUAUUGGGACAAAAGAAAACACUUUUAUCGGAGUUCCUAUGCUUUCUUAACUGCAUCAUAUAAAUCUUAAUAUUUAUUUUGUUUUGAUUCCAAUGCUAUUUCUUUUAUUAAGUAUAAAUAUAUACAAUGUACUAACUAAAUAGAAUAGAAUAUUUUAUUUCUAUUCAUUCUUGUAGAAUUGUCUCACACAGAGUAUUUAGUAAAUAAGUGAACAGUUUAAUAUUUAUUCCUUCCAGACGUUGUUCUGAAAAGAAGCGUUUGUGUAAAAACAUAGAACAAUGUUUUAUUGUUUGUGAGUCUGUAUAAAACUGCUAGCAAUAUUAUUAAGGCUGUGAGUGAUAAAAACAAAAUGAAAAGUAUGCGAUAAAAGUAAUAUACCUACUAAUUUUUUUAAAAAUUCUAAAAUAGGAUAUAUUUUUUAUAUUCUUGAACUUCAAACGACGUCGGAUGUGGACUCAUGGCCCCCUCCCCCCUGUCGUAUACCGUCGUAAUAAGCAAAGUCCCCCCUCCCCCUUUUCAACGACGUAGUUUAUGGAUGUUCUCAAACAUCAUUAAUUUUUUUACUUAGAACGUUUCUUAUACAUGUUAUGGUUGGUUGCACAAACAAAUUUUAAGCUUCAGCUUAGCUAAGCUCAGCUUAUGGAUAGGGCCGUUUUAAAUCUCGCGUUUACGUUUACGUUGAACCAAAAUUUUCGAUUCUUAUCUAUGCAAUGGCAACAUGGCAAUCCAUUGUGGCAAGCUGAAAAUUGAUCUAAGACUCAAUAGUGCAACGCGUAUGUUUCGUAAGGUGAGCUUAAGGCACGUUUUAAGCUUAAGAUCUGUUCUAGUGCAGUCAUUGAAGCGUAAAAUAGGUUUUUACCUCCGAAAUGUUUUACUAUAAACCGAUUUACAUGAAAUUUUGGAAUUAUGCUUAUCUUACCCUUAACUUCAAAAGUGAUAUUGAUCUAAACUCCGUUUUUUAUUUUUAGGGGGUGAAAACAACCCCUUAAUGGGAAAAUUGACAUUGAGCCAUUUUAUCGCCAGAAAACGUGUUUAAUAAUAAAUAGUGACAUUGUGAUGUGUUUUCUAACAUAAUACCCUCAUGUUUCAUCCCCUUGAAAACCGUACAACCCUUGCAAACAACCCCUAAAUCGAAAAAAUUUACAAAAAAUUAAUUUAGUAUGACUAAUAAUAAUAAGUAUAGAUUUAAAUAUAGAGUAAAUAAUAUUUUACGUUCUCUAUCUUAACUAUUUAAUUGUUAACCCCUUUCAACCCCUAAAAUCAACCCCUCGAUUAAAAAUUGUAUAAAAAAAUUUCUUUUGAUAAACUAAAAAGGAUUUAAAUAUCGUUCCACGUUCUCGAAAAAGCUAUGCUGGAAAAUCAUAUGCUCAAGUUCUUUAACCCUUAUAACUACCCCUAAAUUAAAACUUGAAAAUGUAUGAUUAUACAUUAUUAGUUUUUGGACCAUAACUACUUCAAUUUUGAAGCUAUCACAACUUAUAAACAACCAUUUUGAAGGUAAUUAAAAGAGCUACAACUUUUUUCAUUAUAAUAUGUAGUGAAAAACCUUUUAUUUUGAAACGGUGAAGGGUCAAAGGGCUCGAGAGAGACUGUGGUUGCGCUACCGCGCGCUCUAUAAUCAGUCAUAUCUUCGUCAAUUUUUGUGUGAUAGAAAAAACAAACAAACCAAAAUUUUGGUCAAAAAGAAACCUAUUUUUUUUAUUAUUGCACUUUUUGGCGUAUCUUUCAUUAUUUUUGAGAUAUUAUGAAAAGAAGGUAGUUAUUUUAAAAAUACUAAAAUAUUUUUUUCUUAAAAUCGUGAUUUUUCCAAAAAAUAUGUAUUCCAAAGCAGCGAAACUGCUAGAAUCCAUCAAACUCUUUAUAUUAAAGUUGAUUCUAGAUGGAAUAAGAUUAAUUUUAAUUUUGGUGGAAAUGGCACUUAUGAAAUCCAUUGAUUUAAAAAAAAAACAUUAGAUAUUCCUUUUUUUUCAUUACAGCUCACUUAUUUUACCUACAAAAUACUUUUAACAGUGCCCCUUUUUAAAGCUUAUUUUAAGCACUAUAAAAUCCUUUCUAAUUAGCAUGCAUAAAAUUUAUUCGCUCUCCGCUAGAUGGCAUUGAAUACAUCGAUAAAAUUUCACACAAAAUAAAAAACGGCUUUGAUCCUUAAUAUCUCUCUUAAUAUUGCACUUAGGGCACUCUUAAAAAAAACAAUUUGUUCAUUUUUUUACCUGCUACAAUUUUGUUCAGUAUAAUAUUAUCGUUAAAAUGCAUAUUUUUGGAGAUAUUUGCAAAAAAACUGUUGAAAAUUGUGAGAAAAUUCCGAAUUUUCAAUUGCCAAUAACUUAAAAAGUAUUAGAUUUUUGAAAAAACUUUAUACAACGUUUUUUGCUUAAAAUUAGGUCUUCUAUCGAUAUCUGAUGUUAUUUUGAAAAAAAUAAAUUCCACCACCGAAAAGGGGUGGCAACCACCCCCAGGGUGAAAACGGAGUUCGGGUCAAUAUCACUUUUGAAGCUAAGGGUAGGAUAAGCCUAAUUCCAAAAUUUCAUGUAAAUCGGUUCAUUGUAAAAAUUUUCUGAGCUAAAAAGCUUCAAUGACUGUACUAUUCGUGCAACCAGAAUCUUUAAAAACCCGUAUAAAAUUUUAAAUGUCAGUGUACAUUGAAUGAACACAAACAAAUAUACGAAGAGAAGUUGCCUAGUAGUCCAGGGCGCAUCUGUUUUGAGAUGGACGUUGAGAGGUGACUCAAAUUUUUUUGCAGAAAUUGCUUGAAAAUAAAUCAAAUAAUAAUAUUUGAGUUAUCCUCCCUCUCAAAAAGGUCCGGAACAUUGUUUAAAUAAUCAAAAUGUCAAAAAUUGAAGGAAAAAUUCGAUUUUUUUCUUCGUUUUUUGAUUAUAACUUUAAAAGUAUUCAUUUCCGAGAAAAGUUGUACUGACAUAAAAGUUGCGUAAUUAAAUUUCCUACAAUAUAGAAUUGGUUAAAAAUUUAAAAAAUAGUCACUCUAGUUGCAAAAUAGCAAUUAAUUGCAAAAAAAACAUACAAAAACAAGUAUUCGCAUUUUACGUUUUUCAACCAUUUAUGCUACACUUAGGACCUUCAUAUUUCACCCAAAAAAACUUUAUGAUACAUUAAAACAAUACUGUAAAUUUAAUUAAGAUCGGUUCAACAGAUUUUCCAAAAUAAAUUUUGCAAUCCAGCUUUCGCAAAAAAAUUCAUUUUUUCAAAAUGUUACAGGACUGAAAAUAAAGCAGGUAGCAAGUUGAAUUUCUUUUUGCUUAUAGAAGUGUACUGUACCUUUCAUUUGCAAUUUGCAAAAUUAAAAUCGAUUAGUUACCACGGCGUCAGGAAAUUUUUUAAAUAAACAUUAAUUUUUGGUGCUACGCGCAGGACAGCGGUGUUGGAUUCACACAAGUUGAUUUCCACCAAAAUUUCUUCCGAUCUUUAUUUACUAUAUUAUUUUCUUACUCUAUAUUUUGUUGUAUUUUAAUAUUUUAAUUCCACAAAAAUCAAACUAAUUUUAUUAUUGUUUAUGAAAUAUUGUUGAAACAAUUGCAUAUGCUUAAAAAUAAAAACUUUUAUUCUCUAAGUUAAAAUAUAUGAACAAAGAAAGUUUUUGCUAAUAAAAGUGUUAUUUUAAAGGAUAGAGUAUGUGUUUUUAUUUUGCAAUAAACAAAUGUAUUUAUUUAUAACGAAAUGUAAUAAAAAUUAAAAUGUAUCAAUCAUUAUUAAAGGUCAUUGGAAUGCCCAAUCAGAGCAAACUAUCCGCUGUCCUGCGCGUAGCACCAAUAAAUAAUAUUUAUUUAAAAAAAUUCCUGACGCGGUGGUGUUAAUCGAUUUUAAUUUUGCAAAAUUGCAAAUGAAAGGUACAAUACAGUAUAUGCAAAAAAAAUUCAACUUGCUAUCUGCUUUAUUUUCAGUCCUGUAACAUUUUGAAAAAAUGAAUUUUUUUUGCGAAAGCUGGAUUGCAAAAUUUAUUUUGCAAAAUCUAUUGAACCGAUCUUAAUGAAAUUUACAGUAAUGUUUUACUGUAUCAUAAAGUUUUUCUGGGUGAAAAUAUGAAGGUCCUAAGUUUAGCAUAAAUGGUUGAAAAACGUAAAAUGCGAAUACUUGUUUUUGUAUGGUUUUUUCGCAAUUAUUGCUAUUUUGCAACAAGGGUGACUAUUUUUUUUAAUUUUUAACUAUUUCUAUGUUGUAGGAAAUUUAAUUAGGCAACUUUUAUGUUAGUACAACUUUUCUCGAAAAUGAAUACUUUUAAAGUUAUAAUCAAAAAACGAAGAAAAAAAUCGAAUUUUUCCUUAAUUUUUUGACAUUUUGAUUAUUUAAACAAUGUUCCGGACCUUUUUGAGAGGGAGGAUAACCCAAAUAUUAUUAUUUGAUUUAUUUUCAAGCAAUUUCUGCAAAAAAAUUUGUGUCACCUCUCAACGUCCAAAUGUACUAAUAUUUUUACAGAUGGGCCCUGGUCUAUAGGUAUAUUAAGAAGAAGAAAACUGUUUAAAAGCAGAUACAACAUGAAUAAUUAUUAAAAUAAACCAAAUAUAAAAAAAGGAUUCUUCCUAAAGCAUUUUCUGCUAGAAAAUUUGUGGCUCCAAACAAUAGUGCCUUUUUGGUAUAUUCUAAGGUAAUAUAGUUAAACGUUGCUGAAUUUAUUAGCCUACAGAUUUUGUAAUAAACCCUUUCUACUAAACAAGCUGUUAAAUUUCCUGCGUAAUUAAAGUCUGAGACUUCUCUGACGAAUCCCCUUCUUAAUGACAUCUUCCAGGAUAUACAACAUAGUACCAAAAGUUCCAAAUUAUAUAAUUAAAUAUUCCCAUGUAAUAAUCACUUGCAUUCGUUUAUAAGUUCCUCUUAUGAUGAUAAGUUAGUGAUCUCAUUUUAUGGUAGUUCUGAGAUUAAAAAUAAAUUCUUUAUGUAUUCUAGUAAUAUGUUAUUUUACGUACGUAAAUUUAAAAUAAUUAAUUUUUAUUAUAAAAUUGUUCGUUUUAUUAUAAAAAAUAUUUUUAGAUAUUACGUGUACUGUAUGGCUGUUAUUUUCCGUAGGUCUGUUAUUAACCUUUAUUUGAUUUUUAAAUAGAUAUUUUUAAAUACCUAGUAUUUAUUUUGUAUAUAUUUAUAAAUAAAGUUUUUAUUAGUA